AUGGCCCCCAAAGCGAAGGGCAAUGAGCCUCCCAAGAAGAAGGCCACCGUGGAGGACAAAACGUUUGGGAUGAAGAAUAAAAAAGGUGGCACGGCCAAGAGAACAAUUGCACAGUUAGCAGCGCAGGCAAAAUCCAACAAAUCGCCCGAGGAAAAGCGAAAAGAAGCUGAGAAGGAGCAGAGGGAGAAAGACAAGCUCGCCGCCGAAAAGGCCAAGGCUGAAGCUGCCGAAUUGUUCAAGCCAAUCCAGGUACAAAAGGUCCCCUUUGGUGUGGAUCCGAAAACCGUUCUCUGCCAGUUCUUCAAACAAGGACAUUGCGAAAAGGGCCGGAAAUGCAAGUUUAGCCAUGAUCUCGAUGUGGUCAAGAAGGUGGCCAAGAGAGAUUUGUAUCAGGACACUCGGGAACAAGAGCGAGAGGAGAAGGAGAAAGAUAAUAUGGAAGACUGGGAUGAAGAGAAACUGCGCGACGUCGUUACCAGCAAACAUGGCAAUCCUCGCACCACCACCGACAAGGUCUGCAAAUAUUUUAUUUCAGCUGUCGAAGAUGGCAAAUAUGGCUGGUUUUGGACCUGUCCCAACGGAGGUGACAAGUGCAUGUACCGCCACAGUCUUCCACCUGGUUUCGUACUGAAGACAAAAGAACAGCGACGCGCGGAAAAGGCUUUAAUGGACAAAUCCCCACUGGCUACGCUUACCCUUGAAGACUUCUUAGAAUCAGAACGGCACAAAUUGACUGGCACACUCACUCCCGUGACCCCCGAGUCAUUCGCUAAAUGGAAGAAGGACCGCCUUGACAAAAAGGCCGCCGAGGCACAGGCAAUUAAAGCCAAGGAAGCAACAGGCCGAGCGAUGUUCGAAAGUGGAGACUGGAAAGACUCUGAAGACGAAGACAGCGAUGAAGACGAUGAUGAUGAGAGCGCCCCGGGGGCGUGGAAUCUCGAGGCUAUGCGCAGGGAGACCGAACGGCUCAGACAGCUGAAGGAAGAAGAACGGCUAGCCAAGGAAAAUGGAGAGCCAUUGCCGAACCGAGAUGACGACGACAACGACAAUGACGGUAGCAGAUCUGUAUCCGGGAAAGACGACAGUGGGGGAGAAGGUAGCAGCUCACGGCAAGACUAA